AGGACGUCAAAAAUCUGUUAACAGAGGGGCGUUGUGACGGAGAGAGACUAAGUGCGGGGGCUGCGUUGCUGCUGCUGCUGCUGCUGCUUUCGCUGUUACUGGCUCCUAAAGCGGAUACUGGAGUUGCCAGGACUGGCAUUCACUCUGCCAUGGCUACCAUUUCACAAGCCAGGCGGCUGGCUGUUGCGAGAGUGCAGAGAAUCAGCCUUCUCAUGCAUUUUUGGAUAUUUGACCGCUGAUUAAAAUAACAUCGCCGACAGUGCGUGUUAGGCAUAUUUCCGACUGCAUUAUUGCUUCCGCUACAUAUACAUACACACAUAUAUAUAUAUUUAGUUACAUUACUCUUGUUGAUUUUCUUUAGAACGAUUUUUGUGCUUGUGAUUUUUGUAAAUCGGAACACUUGAUAUUCUCGGCAUCCAUCGGCAUCUUACAAAACAGACUGAAGCGUGCCAGUGUUGUGUCUUUGUACUCCAGGCAGAAGAGGCUCGUGCUUGUGUAAUGCUGGAAUACUCUUUCACCAUGUUGUACCCUCUAAAGUCGUGCGUUUAUUGCGUGCCAUCGUAGAGGCCAUCCAGGUGGAACUGAUUCUUGUUACCUCGGCAACCGCGGUUUUUGUUAAAUAACCGAAUUGACGGCCAUAUCAUCUCUACACGGGAAGUUCCCAGUUGAUGGAUUCUGAUAUGGAUUACGAGAGGCCAAACGUUGAAACCAUCAAAUGUGUGGUAGUAGGAGACAAUGCUGUGGGAAAGACUCGCCUCAUUUGUGCCAGGGCAUGCAAUGCCACCUUAACACAAUACCAGCUUCUGGCUACCCAUGUACCAACUGUCUGGGCAAUUGACCAAUAUCGUGUAUGCCAAGAGGUGCUAGAACGAUCACGUGAUGUAGUGGAUGAUGUUAGUGUAUCACUUCGUCUAUGGGAUACUUUUGGUGAUCAUCACAAGGAUCGUCGUUUUGCCUAUGGAAGGUCAGAUGUGGUUGUUCUUUGUUUCUCUAUUGCCAACCCUAACUCUCUCCAUCAUGUUAAAACAAUGUGGUAUCCAGAGAUCAAGCAUUUCUGCCCACGGGCACCUGUUAUUCUUGUUGGUUGUCAGCUGGAUCUUCGCUAUGCUGAUUUGGAAGCUGUUAAUCGGGCAAGACGUCCCCUUGCCAGACCUAUAAAGCCCAAUGAAAUUCUGGCCCCAGAAAAGGGUAGAGAAGUGGCAAAAGAGUUGGGAGUACCUUACUAUGAGACAAGUGUUGUGGCACAGUUUGGAGUAAAGGAUGUCUUUGACAAUGCAAUUCGAGCUGCACUUAUCUCAAGGCGCCACUUACAGUUCUGGAAAUCACAUCUGCGCAAUGUGCAGCGGCCUCUGCUCCAGGCACCAUUCCUUCCUCCCAAGCCACCACCACCUAUGAUCUUAGUACCUGAUCCACCUUCUACAAUUGAGGAGCACCCUGGGCGACUUCUUGAAGACCCUCUUUGUGCGGAUGUAAUUCUCAUCCUGCAGGAGCGCCUACGAAUCUUUGCACACAAAAUCUACCUCUCCACCUCCUCCUCUAAAUUUUAUGAUCUCUUUCUUAUGGAUUUGAGCCCUGAGAACUGUGACUCUGACAGGACAGCUGGCUAUCUCCAUACCCAGUGUCAGCCACUAGGGGGUCGUGACCUCCUUAUGCGGGCUGCUAGUUUUGAUGUGUCUGAGAGCAGUGAUGAAGGAGAUAGGUCAAAUCUGAGGACCUCCACUAGUGAUGGAACAUUAAAAGGUGAUAAUUAUGAGAAUUCCAGGAGAGGUCGAUUAUUGUAUACCUGGAGUCGGGCUUUUGUGAGUAUUCAGGAGGAAAUGGUGGAAGAUCCAGUUACUUACAAUUUACGGCCUAUGACUGUAGUUCGAAUGGAUCCAUCAGUGCAACCAGGGCCUUUCCGUGCUGUUCUACGAUAUCUUUACACAGGACAGCUGGAUGAACAUGAGAAGGAGCUCAUGCACAUUGCUCACAUUGCGGAGCUGCUAGAGGUGUUUGAUCUGCGAAUGAUGGUGGCCAACAUUCUCAACAAUGAAGCGUUCAUGAAUCAGGAAAUUACCAAGGCUUUCCAUGUGCGUCGUACCAAUCGUGUCAAAGAGUGCUUGGCCAAAGGAAACUUCUCAGAUGUUGUAUUUAAGCUGGAUGAUGGGACAAUUAUGGCCCAUAAACCUUUAUUAAUCUCUAGCUGUGACUGGAUGGCAGCCAUGUUUGGAGGGCCUUUUGUUGAGAGCUCUACCAAAGAGGUAUUGCUGCCUAAUACUACCCGUAGCUGCAUGCGUGCUGUACUUGAGUACCUUUAUACGGGACAGUUCUGCUCACGUCCAGACCUUGAUGCCAUGGAGCUUAUUGUGUUGUCAAAUCGACUGUGCCUACCACAUUUGGUGGCAUUAACUGAACAGUACACUGUCAAUUUAUUGAUGGAAGCAACCCUAAUGGGAGCUGACAUUGAUGGGGACGUGCUGGUUUAUUUAGAGAUGGCACAGUUUCACUGUGCCCUUCAGCUUGGCAGCUGGUGCCUGCAUCACAUCUGUACCAACUAUAACAAUGUGUGUCGUAAGUUUCCAAGAGACAUGAGGGCCAAAUCAGCAGAAAAUCAGGAGUAUUUUGAGAAACAUCGUUGGCCGCCUGUGUGGUAUCUGAAGGAAGAUGACCAUUAUCAACGGGCACGUAAAGAGCGGGAAAAGGAGGACUAUCUUUAUCAAAAACGCCAGUCCAAACGCAAGUGGCUCUUUUGGAACUCACUCUCAUCAUCUUCCUCUGCUUCAUCCUCUUCUUCUUCUAGCUCCUCUGCUGUUGUCUGAUUUGUUCACUGGGAUCUUGCCUGAUUGAAUGAAUACCUCUUCCCGCAUCUUCAGAUUCAGAUGGGGAGUAAAUGUUGGGUAAGAUUUGAUUGAGCCAAGGCAGUGCUUAGUCAUACUAGAUGCCUGCUUGCUCUUCAGAGAUGUCCAGGUAAAAUUAUCAGUGGCAUGAGUUGUAGCUUUUCUCAUUGGCUGCCAGUGCCAGGUUAUGUACAGACCAAUGAGUGCAGACACAUAUGAGUAUGCCGCACUUAAUGUGAGGUACUGCUUUUAAUAAUUCUUCUUAAUGCUCAGGCACUUCAUCACUUAACAAGAAGUUGUUUUGUGAGCUCUGUCACUCUGUGCUUUCCGAAAAGGGUUGGAUUUCUCCAAUUCCUAUCAGUUUGUUCUGUUUACAACAGUGAAGUGGAACCACAACAAUGACAAAAAAGCAAAAAUGAGAACUAUUCCAGUAUUUUUUUUUUAUCUUAUUCCUUUUCACUCUUUUGCUGCAAUGGUAUCAAGCCUACAGGUGUUCAAAAUGCUUUGUGUGCUAUUUUAUUU